AUGGCUUCCUUGAUGUUAAGCUGUGAGAUACCUUUCAGGAAACAUGUCCGCAGCAUAUUUAUGGAUAAGGCUUUAGUAUCAACUAGCCCUACAUUGAAAGGAAAUAUAGCAAUAGAUUCCUUUCAUGAAUUUACUGGAUUUAAGUGGCUGAAGGACAAACCUCUCUUGAAGUUUGAGGAUUCUCAAUGGCUUCUCAUUCAGAAGGGUGAAGAAGAGGAACUUCUUAAAGUUGAAAUAAGUUGCCUGAUGAUGCUGUAA